UGUCCAUGUGUGCAAGCUGACUGUGCUGGUCUAACCCACCCUUCUCCUUUCAGGGUGGAGCCUGCUGGAGUCCGAUGGUUGAGACCAGGUCUGAGGAAGUAUUCCUGUCAACUCACAAUCGACACAAACACAGUACACACAAACCUCAAACUGUCUGACAAUAGCAGGAAGGUGACGCGUGUGGAGAAGGUUCAGUCAUAUCCUGAUCAUCCAGACAGAUUUGAUGGUUUGUGGCCUCAGCUGCUGUGUAGAAAUGGACUGACUGGUCGCUGUUACUGGGAGGUUGAGUUAAGAGGAGAUGUUUUUAUAUCAGUGAGUUACAGAAGAAUCAGAAGGAAAGGAGGCAGAGAUGACUGUGUGUUUGGAUGGAACGACCAGUCCUGGAGUUUGAGGUGCUCUGAUGAUGGUCCUCUGUCUGUCUGUCACAAUAACAGUGGAAUAUCCAUCUCCUCCUCCUUCUCCUCUGCCUCUAACAGAGUAGCAGUGUAUGUGGACUUUCCUGCUGGCACUCUGUCCUUCUACAGAGUCUCCUCUGACACUCUGAUCCACCUCCACACCUUCAACACCACAUUCACUGAACCUCUUUAUCCUGGAUUUAGAUUCUGGUCUCCUGUUUCUUCAGUCUCUUUGUAUUGAGUUGAGUGGAAAGAGUGUCCUCCUGUUAGAGAAACACUGACUGUUGAACAGAUUGUUCAGUUCUAAAACACAGAGCAUUACAGUAAUCCAAACAAGAUGAAAUAAAAGCAUGGAGUACUGUUUUAAAAUGCGGCCUGGAUAAAAUAGGUCUUACCAAGCCAAGCACAUUUAAUUGAUAAAGUGGACUUGACAGUAACCCUAAUUUGAAUAUCCAAUUAAUAUCAAAUUAUUCUCGUUUGGCUCUUGUUGGAGGCGGUCGCACUUUCUCCUUCUCCCUCUCCCUUAUCUUUCCUGCUUGGCUUCUCAUGUCCUUGUCUAGUCUUGUCUACAUUUUUAGGGUUAGGGUUAGAGUUCUCAGACUAUGCUCAUUGAACCCAACACGGAUAAGAUCUCGGAGAAGCGUGCUCAGACGGUGCUCUUUGAGCACAAAUUUGACAAAAUCUUGGAGAAGCUCAUGGCUCUCCAACGGGAGAUUGAGAGACCAGUGAUUGGCAUUUAGAUCAACUGUAAAAUUGAGAUGCAGUUGUUCGCACUAAAGGAAAACCACCAUCAUUUCAUGUGGCUACCAUAUCGGCAUCAGACCGAAGGCUGAACAACAACAAAUUCUCUCCCUGAUAGCAGAACUCUUUAGACUCUUCGUCCCCAUCUGGAUUCCAAACGCCUCCAAAUUCUUAUCUCCAGCCAAGGUCAGACGGCAGGCCUGGGCCCAGCGCUGGAUAGAUGGCUGCAAGGUCGGAUGGCUGUGUCUAUAUCUGCUCACCCCACCCCUCACCUACCUCCAUUGCUUGUCAUGUGUUUUCAUGGUGUUAUGAUGUGGAGAUUUAUGUGAUUUUUGUGCUGAGGAGUUUUUGUUUUUCUGUUUUCAUACUGACCUCCCACCAGGAUCCCAGUAUGAGUAGAGGUCUUCUUUUCCCACCUCUACCUACCCAUUGUAUUGUACAUUUCAUUGUUUUUCCAACUACUACCUGUCUCCGACCUGUAAAUGGUAAAUGGCCUGUAUUUGUA